UUGGUUUCCGGGAACGGGUCAGAGUGAGACCUCGUUUCGUCGCACCCUGUCUUUGAUGUCCACGUCCCCGUGGUGUCCGAGUUUUACCGGCUGCGAUGUGUUACGCGCCCCUGCUUUAGAAAAAAACAGAGAAGGAAAACUUCAUAGAAAUGGCGGAGGGUGCUACGACUCUCAAAGGCUUGCGAGCCCAAAUGGCUGCAGCUGCACAGGCACAAGCCGAGGAGCGGCGCAGCCUGGCAGGGAACAGCCCAGGACCUACAACCAACGCACCAGCUAAACCUCAGGGGGGGAGUAGGCCAGUCAUUGACGGUGCCGCGCUUAGAAUAGACGACCGGCUGCGAGUGGCAAAAGAGAGGCGAGAGGAGGCAGAGAGACAACAGGUUUUGCGAGACUCUCAGAUCAUGGAGCGGGAGCGCAAGGCCAAGAUGCAAGUGGAGCGUCAGAUGGAGGAGCGUCAGAAAAAGGUUGAUGAACAGCGAAGAAAGGAGGAGCAGAAACGAUUGGCUGUGGAGGAGAAGAGGAAGCAGAAACAGGAAGAGGAAAAGGAGCACUACGAGGCAGUGAUGCGGCGGACAUUGGAGCGCAGUCAGCGAGUGGAGCAGAGGCAGAAAAGAUGGUCCUGGGGAGGACUGUCCACUGACUCAGAUGGACGAACAGGAGACUCUGAUGCCGGCACCUCAUCUCCAGUAACUAUAGUUAUCUCCUCUGCCUCGCCAGAAAAGCCACCAAGGAGUCAACAAGUGGACAAGCGCUCCACAUCCACCAUGAACCUGAAACAGCUGUCCGAGGCUGGCAUCAGCAAACGCCUAUCCUCCUCCUCUGCCACCCUUAUCAAAUCUCCUGACAAAAGUGUUAAGCCGAGGAGUUCGUCUUGUAACCGGUUGCCUAACAAUGGCAAUGCUGCUCAGGCCAGUAAGGAAGAUGGCAAAAAACUUCAGGUGGAACAGACAGGCCGUUCCGUCGUGAAGAGAAGUUCCUCCCUCACACGAGUAAGUGUGGGCAGAGCACAGACCCCCGCCAAGCCUGAUAAGGGGACAACAGAUGAUCAAGCUCGCAGGCCACCGGCCGGCACUGUGGACGGAGGGGUCCUUAGUCGCCUGCUCACCCCCACCCAGGCCUCACUAGCUAGGAGCAGGAGCGCCGCCGCCCUGUCAGCUGAAGGAACAGAUGCUCCAGAGUGUCACCUGUGUCCUCGCUCAGCCUCUGCCAGUCCCCUGCAUCCACCACGGGGACCCGUGCGCAGCCGCAGCAUUGACCGGCAGAAGAGCAGCAUGACCACCUCUGUGUCGGCCGACGGAGCCCUUGACCCUUCACUGAAAGACAAGCAGUUUACAUCGCCUGGAGGGCAACGUCCCGCCUCCCCAUCUACUACCAUGGGACGUAACCGUUCACCAUCCCCAGCCCCCAAUCCAGCCCCAAAGAGGACCCCCUCUCCAACAGCAUCCAAGCAAAAUCCUAAGACACGCCCACCCUCACCGAGUGCAAUGAAACAACGCCCCCCAUCCCCCCAGCCUACAUCAGCCAAACCUCCACCUAUUCAGAAACCAGCUCUCACUCCAACAGGGGCCCCCACCUUGCGAAAGAGGGACUCCAAGUCCAAGGAUCUGUGUCCGGUCCAGGCUGUGUCUCCACAGUCCUCUGAUUCCAGCAAGACCAAAGAGAAAGAUGACUCUAAAGCCUCGACAGGCACUAACUCGGCCGCUGAGGCAGCCAAGAUCCUGGCGGAGAACCGCAGACUGAUGCGAGAGCAGAAAGAGAGAGAGGAGCAGCUCAGGAUACAGAGGGAGGAAGAGGAGAAGCUGAGAAAGGAAGAAGAGAUGCGUUUAGCGGAGGAGGCUCGACUGAAACGCCUAGAGGAGGAAAAGAAACUUGCCGAGGAGAGGAAAAUUAAAGACGAGGAAGAUGCUCGCCUAGCAGAGGAGGAGCGGGUGAGAAUGGCAGAAGAGGAGGCAGUGAGACAGGCCGAGCUCCAGAAGGAACGGGAGGAGGCUGAGGCCAAGGCCCUGGAGGAGGCAGAGAGAGUCCGUCUGGAGAGAGAGCGCAUCAUGCAGCAGAACCAGCAAGAACGAAUGGAGAGGAAGAAGAGAAUUGAAGAGAUAAUGAAGAGAACAAGAAAAGGGGAGCAAAAUGACUUGAAGAGAGAUGGCGAUAAACAGGACGAUGGAGACGAUGGAGAUGAUGGAGAUGAUGGAGACGAUGGAGACGAUGGAGACGAUGGAGACGAGGGAGAGGACUAUGAAACCCAGAGCCAGACAGAUGACAUCGGCAUGGAGGAUGACAAAGAUGAGAGUAGUCUGUCCUUUGGUGAGCCAGUGGCACAACGAGAGGAGCCCCUGGGCAGCGUGAAUGGAAAACCAGAGACAGACGACAAGGAGAAUAACAAUGGCAUAAGCACAGAUGAGCCUCAGGCAGUAAGUCCAGUCCCUAAGGGCCGCCUCGUCGAGGGCUCGGAGUUCCUGAAUGAGCAGGACUCCGCCAAGGUGGGGUUGGUCUCAGGUCUAAAUGGUAAAUCCAACCAGUGGAGCUUUGAGGAACUCAUUGACCUCAACGUCCACUCCAAGACUCGGCCCCUCAUCGAGGCAGAGGACUGUAACCAGGUCUUGAUCAACUGUGACGGGAGCUCAGAUGGGACCAGGGUAGCCUUCGAGGACAAGGGAACCCCUGUCAACACCCUGCAUUCCCCUAAUCAGCCCUUAGAAGCUCUGUCAGAGAUUUGAUGCUGCAGCCGUCACUGAGAAUCCUCUUACUGUUGCACUUGUAAAGUUCCUGUCCAGCUGAGCUCCUUAAAAGAAAGUCCUCUACCAGUUCCAAACAGCUUCCUCCUCUUUCUCCUCUUCCUCUUCCAGAGGAAGGAGCACAAGGUGAAGUGGAAAGACCACCCCAAGUGCUACAUUUGCACCCCACAUUAUGAGGAAACAAAUAUAUUAAAACAAUUAUAUAUAUUAAAAAUAUGCUUCAGGGAAAGUCCAUAAAUUCCUUCAACGUGCUCGCUUCAGGUCUCUUUCCUCUUCCUCUUGUGUUUAGUUCUCCAGAUUUGUUUUUGUCUAUGUUGUGUCCAAAUUUGAUGACGUUUUUUAAGAGUUGUGUCUUUGUCAGGGGUGCAUUUGUUGUAAUUUAUUAAUUUUGGCUUUUUUGUUAUUGUAAUUAUUGUUAUUAUAUGUUUAGUCUUUUGUUUUCUCUUUUAUGAGAAUAUUCCAGAACACAUGCACAUUAAGCUGUGUGAAUUGAAUAUUGUGAAUUAAAGGAAGGAGCGUUAAUACACUCUGUUCUGCCGGGGUUUGGUGGGGAUAGCAUCCCAGGUUUCACAUGUGAUUCAUCUAAAUUGACUUGACCGGCUGCUUUUUGCAGCAUCCAGCAAUAUGGCCUUACCAUUUUUUCCCAACUUCUAAUUUUAAAAGUGUGAAUAUUAUAAAUGGCUUUUGCUGAAGCUAAUACAUGCACAGGUUUGUCCGUCAUGUGCUUACACAUGGGACUGGAUCCUGUAUUCAUACUUUACUUCACUUCAUAGAGCUCUGUCCUCUCAACCCUUAUUUUUCUGUCUCCCAGCUUCUCUCACCGCGUGUUUCCUUCUCUGGCCUGUAGAGGGCAUCAGGAGCACAACUCCAGCUGUUACAUUUAAAGCUGAAUAGUGUUGAGAUGAAUUAACACUGUAGUGAAUUGACAUGUUCAGUGAAGUUUCUGCAGUUUGUCCGUUAGGGCUCACUUAGUUUUUCUUAAUUUUUACAUAUGUAUAUAGAAUUUAUGUUUACUAACAACAUCAUUGUAAUUUACGUCAGAAUCUGAGUUGCAUUCAGUUUUAGUCUCCUCUCCACCGACUGCAUCUGCACCACACAACUAUUGAAUAACCAUAACUGCAACAUACUAUUUUAACAGGUGAAGUCCAUUAGUUUAAUUCAAAGCUGCUUCUGAGCUUCUUAAGGCGGUAUGUGUUUGUUACUGAAUUGACCUUGAAUGUUCGGCUGAAACUAAAAAUCCGGUUUCCAGUUGUCUGGUUUUAACUUGAGCUGGUACCAACACAUCCACACACACUUUUCCAUCCAUCCCUCUGUCUGUGCGGCCCUUACAUUAAUUACAUUUAUUAACCAUUAACCGUUUUCCAAAUUUUCCAACACACUAGCUGCUACAUCCGACAAAAUGCAUUUCAAUUAUUUUGUAUAAUAUACAAUUUGGCUGUUUCUUUAUAUAUGAAAAUACAUUUCUACAUAUAUUUAAGUGUUAUUGUGUUGUGUAUAUAAUCAGUAUUAGGCAAAUUAAGCCAUGUUUAGGAGUGGCGUCAGGAUGUGGAUAAUUGAAGUCUCUAUGUGGCUGUGCUGUAAUACGUUAGGUUUCUGUUCGACUCCUAGCCUGCGACAGUGUAGUCACGUUACAUUUGGGCAGCCUGGAAAAAUUUACAUACAGCCCUCUUCCACAUGAGGUCUGCAAAAAACUAGGGGCCAAGUGGUGACCCAUUAUAUGUUUCUCAAGAUCUGGUGUGUGUAUGCGUGUGAAGGCUUUAGCACCAUAUCCCCAAGCCCUGAUUCUGAAUAUUGCCUCACAGAGACUAAACAAGUUGACAUUUUGAUGGUGAGUUGUUACAGCCCUCAGCAACAUGUCUGACCCAUGAUCAAAGUAAAGGCUGUGCCUCUUUAUGAUGCUUUUAAUGUCCUCAAAAUAUGUUUUAUAAUAUGUCAAAGGAUGUGAGGAUGUUGGAUAGUUAUGGUUGGCAUGUCAGCUCAGGUCUUAACUUUGUAGUAUGAGGCAGGGCACAUCCACCAAACAAAAUAUGACACGAGUCAGACUUUCUUUCUGGCUCUUCUGGAUAUUUCAUGAACUGUAAUGAAAUCUUGAAAUUCCCUGUGCUUGAAUAGUCCGAGCACAAGGUUUGUGGACCUUGACCUUGAUUUUUGCCUUGUUCUCUGCUGGUUAACUAAAAUAUCUUUGUACAUAAAGACUAUGGGCUUUAGAUCUUAGCUUUGAUUAAUAAGCUCAAAGAAUGUAACAGACUACAUAAACCGUCCACUAUUAUUUACCAUGUCUCUCAGAGCUGCCCGCUUUUUGACUUUCAUCUAUUAAUCAGUUAGAAAACAUGACUCUUUGCACUGUCACAAAUUACUCUCUAUGUUUAAAAAAUGGUUACCGAGGAGUAGCUUUACUGUACAGACUCGUAGGAGAGUUGUGUGAUAUUCUGGACAAACAGAAAAAGUAAUUUGUCUCAUUUGUAACCCAAAACUUGCCUAUACCCAAACCUUUCCUACUCCUUCCACUCAUGAGUAGCACCUGUUGAGGGGCUGUUGUAGCUGCUGCUUGAACAGAUACUGUAUCUAUUCCAGGUCCCGCUGCAUCUUUGAGGGCUUGAGUACAGAGCUGACUGCUCUUAGUCCUCAACAUUGUCUGUAACAAUAGGAUAGAACGGUGCCUUAGAUUGAGAUUUAGUAUUUUUAUUGUGUCACAGUUAACUAAGAAAGCUUGUCCUUACCUCGGCCUCGACAAUCAGUCUACCUGACAUGGGCGACUUUGUGAAUAUGAAUAUUUCUCUGGAAGAUUUACAAACCUAACAACGCCCUGUCCACAAGUAAUAUUUGUACUGUAAAUAUAUAAGUGUACUGAGAUGAUACAAACUGUUAAAACAAAUAAAGUCUUGCAAAAAUA